CUCCUCCCUCAGUACCGGUGCAUAAGCGACCUCAGGUGAUUUGUUUACAUUGUGCCAGAUGACCUGAGUGGCAGCGGGUGUCCUUCUUGGGUCACGUUCAGAUUGGCCUUAUCUCUUCGUUAUUUCUUGGCGUAACCAGAUGGCAUCAUUGGGUCCUGAUCAGCAUGUGGAGGCGACCAUUGAAUCAACUGAACAGUCAGAGGGCAUCACCCUUUAUGUCAUCAGCAUCAGUGUCGGAACUGUUAAAUGGACUGUAAAGAAGAGAUACAAUGCCUUUGCCGAGCUCCAUGACAAGCUUGUUAGUAACCAUGGCCUUGCCCGAGAUUUACUCCCUCCUAAAAAGAUAAUUGGAAACAAAGAUCCAGCAUUUAUUGAGAAGAGAAGAAUCGAUCUUCAGUUGUAUUUACAGACAAUCCUAAAUUUCAUGCAUCGUGCACUACCCCGUGAAUUGGCAGAAUUCCUCGACUUCCACAUUUACGAACUUACUCAUUUACUACAGUCCAUGGCAAGACAUUUUUUCCAUGAAGCAGAUAAGCUAUUGGCAGAUGGUGAGCCAGUCAUUUUAACACCUUUGCAGCUACAUGCUAUCUCAUUCCGCCUCAAGAACCCUCUGCCAACGAAUGUAGCCUCGGAACAAGAGACUGAUUUUAGUCAUGUAGCUGAUUUUGUCUCGCAGAUUAAACACCUUGUCAUCAAAGGCAGCAAUGAGUGCCUGAGGACCAGCAACAUUAUAGAAAAUAGCCUUUCUUACACACUUAACACCUUUAAAAGUUUAGAAACUCUGUCUGUGAAAAAUGCAAGUAUAUCCCAGAUUGGCCAUUUAGGAGCAGUACGAAGAACGACUCGGGAACUGAAAGUCGACGACAGUGACAUGAAGCAAAUUCAUGAAAUUCUUCUUUGUGAUUCAAUUUACAAGGAAACGGUUGAGGGCUCAGAUCCGUACAAGUGGCUGCAGCUCACAAGUGUUGACUUCAGCUGUAAUAGUAUCACAAAGAUUGAUGACUCAAUCACUCUGGCACCCAAAGUUGAAAGAUUGGACCUAAGCCGUAAUAAGUUAACCUCAGUGGAAAAUCUGACUAAACUCCCCAACUUAGUAUCCUUAUCUCUUGCCAAUAAUCUCUUUACAAGUUUGGAAAACAUGCACACAAAACUUGGCAAUGUAGUAGAGUUGGAUCUGUCUCAGAAUAAUCUCACUUCCUUGGAAGGAUUGAAUAAGCUUUACUCCUUGGCGACACUGAAUGUGUCUACCAACAACAUAUGUGAAAUUUCUGAAGUCAGCCAUGUAUCACGUCUUCCAUGCCUUGAAAUCCUCAUUAUCACAGGGAAUCCUGUUGCAACGGUGCUUGAUUACCGCACAAAAGUGCUUGAAUUAUUUGGCCAGAGAGCCUCAGAAAUCUGCUUAGACAACGAGCGGCCAACGCAGAGGGAACUAGACACUGUGGCAGUUCUCCAGGCCAUCAGAGCAUCAAGAGAAGGCAGGCUUCCAACAUUGAGCAUAACUAAUCCAAUGCCAACAACCACAACAACACUGUCUUUCAUCCCUCCUGAUGUUGCUACAGCAGCCAGUGAGUCAUCUGUGACAAAAUGAAAGCUCUGUAUGUUUUAGAAUAUAUGAUUUGGAUUAAAAGGACCAAAUAUAUGCCAGUGUUAGACUUGCCUACUAGUGCGACAAAACUGAUGCAGAUUUUUGUUAAUGUCAUGUUAUAAAAUAUGUAAGUGAUUGCUUUUCUUCACAUGUAAUUUUCUUUAGUACCAUGUGCUGUAUGAUUUACUAGAAUAGAUAUAUAAGACAAAUGAAAAAUCACAGAAAUAUUACUUUUAUGCAAGAAGUACAAUAAUUCCAUAACCAAUUUUGAAUUACAGUAAAAGACUUAUAUUUAACUACAAGGAGUUACUAAUUCAGUGGGAAAUAUUUGCUAGGCUAAGCUUCUUCUCAACUCUGCAUAUUUUUUUCUAGUUAUUAAUAAAUGUAUUUUUGUUGAA